UUGUAUCCGUUUCGGCAUUAUUCUUUGUGUGUUCAUUUAUUCUUUCCCGUUCAUUUUGUGUCCGACUGACCUCGAUCUUUGAGACAAUCCCCCCUUUUUUAAUCUAUUUUUCCCCUUCCCGUGUCCGUUCGUUCUCUUUACCACUUGUCAAGGUGGUUGUACCUCUGCGUGUUCACCUCUGUCAAUUUCUCCUUGUUUUUAUUUUUAUCCGUUGUUCUCUCAAGGAGCCGAUUAGACGCGCAAUAAAUUAUUUUAUCUUUUUUAAAUGACGCAAGCAAAGAGGCGGGAACCGUUCUUCUCUUUAUUUUUGUUCAUUUUCAUGCAUUAUUUAAUUGGCACCUUUUCUGCAGAGUUUUUCACAGUUUGUAAACCUAAUGCCCCAAUUUUAUCUAAAAAAAAUAUUUUUUAUUGUGAAUAUUUGCGAUUUUUUAAUUAG